GAUGUGAGGCAUAGAGAGGAAGUGACGCCAGGGAGAGGCCGCAGUGGCGACGUGUCUUUAGAACUAGAGUCUUUUUCUUAGCGGAGACUAAGCCGGUGCCACAUAAACUGGUCCGAUCCGACAUACCGGGGCCAUUAACGCGCUGAGAUCCAUACAGACGGAACCAUGGGCAUAAAAUUUUUAGAAGUUAUAAAGCCAUUCUGCGCCGUUUUGCCUGAAAUCCAGAAGCCUGAAAGAAAGAUUCAGUUCAGAGAGAAAGUAUUAUGGACUGCCAUCACUCUGUUCAUUUUCCUGGUCUGUUGUCAGAUCCCCCUUUUCGGUAUCAUGUCGUCAGAUUCUGCAGACCCCUUCUACUGGAUGAGGGUUAUAUUAGCAUCCAACAGAGGCACCCUGAUGGAAUUGGGCAUCUCUCCCAUUGUCACCUCUGGCCUCAUCAUGCAGCUGUUGGCUGGAGCCAAGAUCAUUGAGGUUGGGGACACGCCCAAGGACCGUGCGCUCUUCAACGGGGCACAGAAAUUGUUCGGUAUGAUCAUCACUAUUGGACAGGCCAUUGUGUAUGUGAUGACUGGGAUGUAUGGCGACCCCUCUGAGAUGGGGGCUGGGAUCUGCCUGCUAAUCAUCAUCCAGCUCUUUGUGGCCGGUCUUAUAGUCCUGCUUCUGGAUGAGCUGCUACAGAAGGGCUAUGGCCUGGGCUCUGGAAUCUCUCUCUUCAUCGCUACCAACAUCUGUGAGACCAUUGUCUGGAAGGCCUUCAGCCCAACCACUGUCAACACUGGCAGAGGGACUGAGUUUGAGGGUGCUAUCAUUGCCCUCUUCCACCUGCUGGCCACCCGCACAGACAAAGUGCGGGCUCUGAGGGAGGCCUUCUACCGGCAGAACCUGCCCAACCUCAUGAACCUCAUCGCCACGGUCUUUGUGUUCGCUGUGGUCAUAUACUUCCAGGGCUUCAGGGUGGACCUCCCCAUAAAGUCUGCUCGCUACCGUGGCCAGUACAACACCUACCCUAUCAAGCUCUUCUAUACUUCCAACAUUCCCAUCAUCCUGCAGUCUGCCCUGGUAUCCAACUUGUAUGUCAUCUCGCAAAUGUUGUCAACGCGCUUCAGUGGGAACUUUCUGGUUAACCUACUGGGCACCUGGUCUGAUACAUCUGCGGGUGGUCCAGCUCGUGCCUACCCUGUUGGUGGUCUCUGCUACUACCUAUCUCCUCCAGAGUCUUUUACUUCGGUCCUUGAUGACCCGGUCCAUGCAAUCAUCUACAUAGUCUUCAUGCUCGGCUCCUGUGCUUUCUUCUCCAAGACCUGGAUUGAAGUGUCCGGCUCAUCUGCUAAAGAUGUGGCCAAGCAGCUGAAGGAGCAGCAGAUGGUUAUGAGGGGUCACAGAGAAACCUCGAUGGUCCAUGAGCUGAACAGGUACAUCCCCACCGCAGCAGCAUUCGGCGGCCUCUGCAUCGGCGGCCUGUCUGUGAUGGCCGAUUUCCUGGGGGCCAUCGGCUCUGGCACUGGGAUCUUGUUGGCUGUUACGAUCAUCUACCAGUACUUUGAGAUCUUUGUGAAGGAGCAGAGCGAAGUGGGCAGCAUGGGUGCUCUCCUCUUCUAAAACCCCUCUCCGCAGACAGACCCGGCAUUUUUGUACUUCACUUUCAUUUUUUUUUUUUUUUAAAAGAAUCAUACACAUGUCCGUGAUCUAGCUCUUGGAGUUUGAUGGGUGAACAUCUUUCCAUUGGAGCCCCUGAGGCAGAUAGUCACAUUUUGAACUGGACUUUAAGUGAGAUUGCAGGGUGCCGAUAUGUGUUACGGAACGGAAUACUUACCCUUUCCCCAGAGCAUUUUCCCAGCAUCCAUCUCUCUGGUCUGUUUGGUACAGGAUGACAGGGGUUUGUUUUUCCUCCUUCCCUCCCACAGCAACAGUUUUUGACAUUCUAUUUGACACACCUCUGCCUCACCUAGCUGACUAUUGCUGUUACCUGGAUGUUAACCUGAUGUCACACAACAUUGGAUAAACUCUGCCUACUCGCAUAGAGUUGUAUAGAAGUCUCGUGACUUUGCUGUUUUUAAUCUCCAGAAGAAGGUCGGUUUAGGUGCAGGUUUUACCUGUAAGGUUAUCUCCUAAAGCUAAGCAGUUGUAGGUUGUUCAGUGGCAGAAGUACUCAUCCACAACUCGGUCCAGUUUAUUUUAUUUGCAGCAAUGCUGGUUUUAGGUUAAGUACAGUUCUCCCUCGAAUAAAGGGAAGUGUCUGUAUGUGGGUGGGUCCCCCGACUGACUUUUUGUGCAUGUUGCACACUGGAAUCUGCCAGGGGCAGGAAGAGGAAGUUUUUUUUUUUUUUAAUUUUAUUUUUUACUUUUCUGUAUUGGAUAUAACUGUAUUAAAGGUUUUUGUGUAUUACUUUAUUGUACAUAUACCAUUUAUGCAUUCCUCCACAGUGUAAGCCUAUUUGUGUGUAAAAAAGAAAAAACAAAACACUGUGAGGACAUGUUUAAAUUGACUGCCAGGUAAAAUAAAGCCGCUUUGGAGGAAACGGAACAAAAAACGAACACCCACAGAGCUUAACUUACACGGAGUACUGGAAUGUAUUUUCUCCUCUAUUGGACUUCACGCAGCUGACACAAACCUGUGAUCGCAAUACAGUUGUAACACCUGCACAGCCAGUGUUUAAGAAGCAGUUAGGAUCUUAGAGGACUCAAUGUCGAAUAAAUAAUUCUUUAUAAAA